AUGCCGCGAAACCAAGAGCUCGUUCAAGAUUCGAACAAAAAGACGGAUUACAAUCGCUUUGAAGAGCCAAACGUCAAGAAAAUUGAAAAAGAAGAUCUGGUGAGCUUAUUAGUCGAAAAAGUUUCUUAAGUCUUUCAAAAUCGCUCGUCUCCGACGAUAAGGUAAAAAGAAAAAUAAAAAAGCUGCUACUUCAAGGAGAGGGUUUCAAUCCAAGAAAAACUGCUUAAACUCUUCCUCUACAGUUAUUCCUUCUAAUUCUAGGUCGAGAUGUUAGUUCAGACUUUUUUCAGGCUAUUCAGGAUGGCAGCCAGAUUCUGGAAGAAGUCAGAAAGAGCACUGCUCAAAGAUGGGAAGCAAUGAAAGAAUCAACGAAGAACGACGACCGGCCGAAGCUGAAGGAGGCUGGCGAUAAGAUGCACGAGAGGCGGCAACUCGCCGCCGAGGAGCUGGUCCAGGUCGACCAUGGUGGUCAUCGGAUGGACGAGACAGGCGACAGGAUGCGCGACAUGCGAGAACACGCCGGCGACAUCGUCGACGCCACCAAGAAGUUCGUCGCAGCCAAGAUGGACCAAAUGAGGAACUGCUCUGCCCGAACUGUUCGUUUGUGAACUUUUCAAAUAUAUUUUCCAUUUUUCUCGCUCUUUUUUGCCACAUAUUUGUUCGAGCCUUUGAAGCCAAAAGCACUGAUGAGCAUGAGGGCGUUUAGAAAAAAAAAAACGCUCGUCUUCUCACUGUUUAUUCGACCAUAGAAUUUUUUUUUUUGCAGCUUCCAAGACUACGUGAUGGAGAAUUUAAAAAGUUAUAGGCUUUUAUCUGAAAUCUUGAAAAUUUUCAGAACCAGCAAGCCCACCCAGGCUCUGCCGAAACUCAUCAACUCAAUCGCACUCUUCACGGCUAUUAA